AUGAGGUAUAUUUGUAUUCCACUUGUCUUAUUGCUAUGUAUACAUUACGUAUGUGCGAUUGAUUUGGGAUUUUCACCGACAUACUAUCGACACGGCGACCAGGUAGAUUUGAUUGUUAAUAAGGUAGAGUCAGACAAUACACAGUUGCCUUAUGGUUAUAAAGAUUUGCCUUUUGUAUGCCCCCCAAAAGAGUCUGUUCAUCUUUCUUUAGGAGAAAUUUUAAGAGGUGAUAGGCUAUGGAAAAGUCAGUACGAUUUGAAAUUUGGGGUUGACAUGUCGUGUAUGAGACUAUGUGAUUUAGUAUCUAAAGAAUCUGGUAUGCUUAAAGCAGAUACUUUGAUUAAAAAUGGAUACGUGGUUCACUGGUUAGUCGAUGGAUUGCCUGGUGCAACUACAUUUGUCUCCGGAAAUCGUAAUAACAAAUAUUAUGCAGCUGGAUUUCCUUUAGGGUUCACCAAAGAUAAGAUCAGCUACAUUUACAAUCAUGUUAUGAUAGUCAUUAGAUAUCAUAGGGAUCCAACGAACCCGCAAUUAAAUUCUAUCGUUGGCUUUGAAGUCUAUCCUAAGAGUGUGAGUAAUGAAGAAUGUCCUGGGUCAUCUAAGAAUUAUGAUAAUUUUGCUAUUACAUUUGAAAGGGAUUCUAAUCAGCAAAUUAUGCCACAAAAAACUGUUAUUCCCUACACCUAUUCUGUGUAUUGGCGUGAAGAUAAUACCAUAGAUUAUAAUUCACGCUGGGAUUUAUACUAUGAAAACGAAACUUCUUCAAGUAAUCAGAUUCAUUGGUUUUCUUUGAUCAAUUCAAUGGUAUUAUUGUUUUUAGUAUCAUUAAUUGUGGCUGUUGUUUUGUUGAGAGUUUUGAAAUCCGAUAUUCAGGCCAAUUCUCCAAGCUUGCCAACUACCGAUUAUGAUGCUGCCAUGAACUCUUCAUGGAAGAGUUUAUCUAACGAUAUCACUAAGAGACCAAAUUUUCCGUUGUUUCUUUCGGUUUUAGUUGCUAGUGGGAUCCAGUUAAUUAUUGCAACUAUUGGUGUGAUUGUGAUAUUUGUUAUUAAUUCGAAGUUUAGUAUGGGAGUCUCUUUGUCUUCGAAUAAAUUUUUCAAUAGUCAUCAGGGAGCAUUUUUUUCGAUAUCUUUAACCUUCUUCGUUGUUUCAGGAAUUAUCCCAUCUUUCUGUGGAAUUAUCUUACAUAAAAUAUUCAAUAAUGAUUAUUUGAACUCCGAGUAUAACAAGUCAAAGACACUCGUAUCGUCGAUUUUAUUUAGUGGAUUUUUACCUAGUUUGAUUUUAUCCAUUGUGUUCUUUUUGAACUUUUUUGUGUGGGCAAAACAUGCCUCAACUGCAUUACCAUUUGGAACUAUUAUUGUGUUGUUGUUAGUUUUCUUCAUUAUAGAACUUCCAUUAGGUAUUAUUGGUGGUUAUUAUGGUAAUAAGCAUAAGUUUCAUAAUAAAUCGUUCCUCUUAACCAAUAGUGGGGAAAAGAGAGAAAACGACGAUAAGAAAUUCAGAGCUAAGAAAAAGUCUUCUUGGUUGCUAAAUCCAGUCUUUAGUGUAUUAAUCUUUGGCUUAAUUCCAUUUGGCAUUGUCUAUGUUGAAUUGCUAUUUAUUUUUAAUUCUGUCUGGUUAGAGAAAACUACCUUUUAUUACAUGUACGGGUUUUUAUUAUUGACAGCUAUCAUAUUGAUUGUCAUAAUUGCAGAAUCUACCAUUAUUGCAACAUAUCUUUCUAUCGCGGUCUAUAAUAACCCUAACUGGCAGUGGUUAUGUUUCAAUGUUGGAUCUAGUAUAGGGUGGUACAUUCUUGCUUAUUCGGUGUAUUAUUUCGUAUGUUACUUGAACGUGAACGACUUUGUUAGUGCAUUGUUAUAUUUUUCCUAUAUGGCAUUAACUAGUUGUUUGAUCGGCGUUGCAUGCGGAUCAGCGGGUACUUUGACAGGAUUAUUGUUUAUCAAGAAGAUUUAUGGCUCUAUUAAAGUCGAUUGA